UAAAUUUAGAAAUUGAUCGGUAUGGAAUCUAAGAAAGGAAUUUGGUUGAGAACAAAAGACGAUGGAGUUCUUCUCUUUAAGAAUAUUAAUCUUUCUCAACAAGAGAGCGAUAAAGAAGAGAAGAAGGACCCAGAUGCAGUGGAGCACUCUAAGGAGACUGUAAUUCAUGAAUUUGAGGAAGAUGUUCAACCUUUUACUCACGGGUCUAAAUAUUUUCAUACUGAAAUGCAGGUUUUUUGUACCGUGACGGAUAGGACAGAAGGGGAAGAUGGAAAAUUAACUAGUAUCAAGAUAAAUAUGCCUACUCUACAGAUGGAGGGAGUUCCUGUCGAUAUUGAUGAAAACAGCGAAAAGAUUCUUCAAAGCUCAAUGGAUAUUUAUCUAAGGGGAGUUCAAAAGUCUGGCAGCAAGUUUACUGUCCAAGGGACUUAUAACUUGAAUAGGAGUUUAAAAGAAAACAUGGCUUUGGUGUUCCAGUCCCUCGGACAAAAUAUGGGCAAUUUCAAAUUAUUCCAUAAUCAAAAGAUUCUCAGCUUAAGUGAAGACUUUUCUGAAAUUUAUGAAAGCGGUAAAGAUACCUAUAUUUAUGCUUUCGAAUGUCUUGGCAAGCCGAGAAUGUUCAGAAGAUUCCCAAGAUGAUACGAGGGUGGAACUUGGUCAUGUGGAGGAAGUGCAGAUGCCAUUGCUUUCACUCCAAACAAAGAUAUUACUGUUGCUGGAUUUCAAUUUUUUUGCCCUAAAGAAGAUUCACAGUGAGAAAUGAAGUACAAGAUAACCAUUGACGAUGUCGUUGUUGAAGAGACAGAGGCCCAAGUUUACUCUGAUUGGGAGGAUACAUAUUAUAAAAGCGUAUUUUUAGAGAAGAAUCAUCCAGCAAAAGCGAACUCAAGGAUAAAUAUUUUAAUUAAGAUAGCUAAGAGUCUAGAAAACAGCCAAUACACGAAUACAUAUUAUGGAACUGAAGGAAAUGAUGUUGGAAACAUUGAAAAUGAAGAUAUAGGCUUAUUCUCGAUUUCAUAUGGUACAGAUUGCUGCAAUGGAACAUCUGAAUCUAGUGGGCAAAUUCCUGCUAUUUUCUAUUAUCUUGGAUAG